AUGUGGGAUACAAACUAUUAUCAAGUGACUCAUAGUAGAACUACUGCUCAAUCAAUCCAUUGCAUGAUCAAUAAUACCACUGGAACUGUAUCUUGUUUUUCUACUAUUAUAUAUGCUUUUAACACUAAUGAGAAGAGAAAAGAACUCUGGACAGAAUUAGCACAAAUUGAACAAGGGGUUGAUAGACCUUGGAUUAUAGCUAGAGACUUUAAUGUUGUGUUGUAUCCAAAUGAUAGAUUAUAUGGUGCCCCAGUAUCCUCAGCUGAAACUCAAGACUUCACCAAGUGUCUUCAUGAUUUACAUCUCAAUGAACUACCUUGGAAAGGAGAUUAUUAUACUUGGUCAAAUAAACAGAUGGGUACUAAUAAAAUUUGCAGCAGAAUUGACAGAAUGUUUGGCAAUCCAGAUUGGAUGAUGCAUUGGGGUCAUGUGGUUACACAAUAUGAAGUACCCUAUAUCUCCGAUCAUUCUCCUUUGCUAAUCAAAACUGAGGACAACCAGUGGACAGUCAAGACUCUAUUCAGAUUCUUCAAUAUAUGGGCAGAUCAUAGCAAGUUCAUGGAGAAGGUAACAGAAGUAUGGCACAAACAACUAGAACCAAGAAAAAUGUCAAAUAUUUGGGCAAAGUUGAGAGCCUUAAAGAAGAUAUUGAAAAUAUUAAAUAAGGAUGAAUUCCAAAACAGCUCCACUAGAAUAACUGAAGCUAGACUUGAACUAAUCCAAACACAGGAGAAGAUUAACCAACAAUACACAGAUGAACUUCUUAGCAAAGAAAGGCAAGCACUGAUGAAUAUUGAGAAAUGGAAACUUGUGGAAGAAAGUGCCCUCAGACAAAAAUCUAGAGCUAAAUGGAUAAAGCUUGGAGAUAGCAAUAACAAGUAUUUUUCAGCAAUGAUCAAGGAGAGAACUAAUAAGAAAAUGAUGCUAUAA